AUGUCUACUGGAACAGCACAGGCAGCUCCGACGAGUGCCAAUGCCGGUACGCCGGCCCAAACAACUGCUGAGCAGACGUCAAUUCCAUCCACCGCGUCCGAGCCAACUUCAACGUCCUCGACCACCUCAUCAACAACUUCAACGACGUCCACUCCACCAGAACCACCAACGACUAGCACUACAAGUAGUACAAGCACUUCAAGCACGACAAGCACUUCAUCCACCACGACUGCACAGACCACACAAUCCACCAGCUCCGAGACCUCUCGGAGUCCCGACAGCGUCACCACAAGUAUCGCUACUGCAUCACCUACCAAUACAAAUACUGGGCCGACGACCAUUUACGUUACUUCGACGGAAUCUACGUCUCGAACUCUCCCGACUGGAAAUUCAGCCAAUGGAGUGACAACUACAUCAUCUGGAUCGUCAGCGACUGCAUCGUCUACGGGAGGAAGCUCGGGUGGUUCUGGACUUUCUGCUGGUGGCACAAUCGCUGUAGCGGUAGUCGUACCUGUCGUCUCCGUUGCUUUGAUCAUCCUAGCUGCCUUGUACUUCUGGCGCAAAUGGAAGGCAAAGAAAGCGGCGGAGGAAGAACGAAGAAAAGAGGUGGAGGAGUACGGAUUCAACCCAAAUAACGAUCCCACUCUACCGCCCAUCAUGGGUGGCGGCGCUGCAUACGAACCCAAGGAGGACACAUCUGGAUAUCGGGGUUGGGGAACGACCUCCGCUGGCCGCAAAGCAUCGACGAAUUUGUCGAGCGGCGCCGGGCCGGGAUUAGCUAUGUCGGAAGCUGGAAGUGCACCUGGCUAUCAUCACGCUGCAACUCCGAGCGACGGUACCAUCCAAUUUUCCGAAGGACAGAUGCAAGAAACUGAACCGAUCGGGGUCUUGGGGGCUGCUCCUGCGGCUUCUAAUAAUCGCACCACUGACAUCCACCGUGGUCCGUCCAAUGCUUCGUCUGCUUACUCCGCAGCCAAUAGAUCCGACGCCUCGGAAGAAAGCCAUAUGUCUGGUACCCAUCCGGCUGCUGCCUUCUACGAGGAUAAUCCGUACUAUAGUGAUAUGCAAGGGCAGUACGGGGCUUAUGGAGACGGUCCAUAUGUCCCGAAUCAGCCUGUGAUUCGAGAUGUCCAGGCCCGGCGCAAUACGCGGAUCGAGAACCCGGCGGUCUUCCCGCGACAAGGAAACGCCGGCAUCGCCCAAAACUUUUGA